ACACAACUGAGGGACUAACACUUUCACUGUACUUUUCUCAACAGAGGUGGCCUAACAGGGUGGAGCCUUAGAGUCAGGGUCCUGGCCCUGCCUCUUGAGUUGCUAGCUAGGCAACUAGAGGCAAGUUACUUAACCUCUCUGUUUUCCCAUGUAUAAAAUAGGUAUAUUCCCAGACUCUCCUCCACAGGGUUUUUCGAGGAUUCAGUGUGUGGUAAUACUAGGUACUUGAUAAAUGUAAACUGCUGUUAGUACUUAGCAAGUAAAGAAGGGGCUGCCCAGUUGUCUUACCCUUCUGACUUCUGAAGCAUGAGGUAGAACCAUCAAACCAAGCUCUCUCUUCUUGCCCUAGUGCGAUCAGUCUCUGGGUCUAAUCCCUCUGCCACCUCUCUGGAACCUCUUACCUCCUCUCCCUGCCCGAACUUCUGAGUAUCGGCCCACCUGAGGAGCCUUAUGACAGCCUGUACUCCGCAAACCUCCCCGACUUGUGAAGUGUGAUUCUGCCUCCUAGUACUUCCCCACAAGCCAGUUCAAGGCCAAGCCCAUUGCCAGAUGGCCAGGCAGCCCUGUGGGCUUAGACUUACGAACCACAGUGCUACUUCUGCCUGUGUUGUUGCCACUAGUCUAGAGGACUAGGAGGGCCCAAUUGGGUUCUUCAGGGUCACCUAUAUCAAGACCCUGGGAAAUACCCACCCUGGGCCUUAAAACUGGUGCUACCUAACCUUGAGAACAAUUCUUUCAGCACUUGAGGUCUUCAUAAGUGUUGGAUUCUCUCACAACCUAGGCAGCCCAUUCCACUCUGUUUUCGCCAAAGCCCACCACUUCCCAGAAGUCAUCUUCAUGGUUUCAGCUUCAUGCUGUUGACCGUUCCUUCCAGCCUGCUAUUACUCCUCAGUUGCCAUGGGAACCAGGGAUCCCCAACGCAGAGCCCAAAGGAUUGUGGGGAGAGGCUGAUGUGGCAGUCGAGGGCUUGGGGUUGACACCCAUAUUUACAGCCUGUGAAGCCCCCAGCUGACACUCUGGGCCCCAUUUGGGCACUGAUCACUGGGAACCUAAAGGUGAUGGGGGGGUAUUUCUGGUGCUCCAAGGGUCCUGGUGGAUCCCUGCAAAUGGCACCAGGACUGGGUGCUAGGAGUGUAAGAGCUCACCCCUGGGGGUAAAGCUGCACAGGCCGGCGUGGCCGUGGGUGACUGGGUGCUGAGUAUUGAUGGCGAGAACGCGGGGGGCCUCACACACAUCGAAGCCCAGAACAAGAUCCGUGCCUGCGGGGAGCGCCUUAGCCUCAGCCUCAGCAGGGCUCAGCCGGCUCAGAGCAAACAGCAGAAGGUGCAGACCCCUGACAAGUCAACAGCCGCUCCGACCGCUGGUCCCAGAUGCCAGCAAGCAGCGGCUGAUGGAGGACACAGAGGACUGGCGGCCGAGGCCUGGGACAGGCCAGUCCCGUUCCUUCCGCAUCCUCGCCCACCUCACGGGCACCGAGUUCAUGCAAGACCCGGAUGAGGAGCACCUGAAGAAAUCAAGCCAGGUGCCCAGGAUGGAAGCCCCAACCCCAGCCUCAGCUACACCCCAGGAACCCUGGCCUGGCCCUACCACCCCCAGUCCCACGAGUCGCCCACCCUGGGCUGUGGACCCUGCAUUUGCUGAGCGCUAUGCCCCGGACAAGACCAGCACGGUGCUGACCCGACACACGCAGCCGGCCACACCCACGCCUAUGCAGAACCGCACCUCCAUCGUGCAGGCCGCCGCUGGAGGAGGCCAUGGCGGGGGCGGUGGCAGCGACGGCAAGACUCCUGUGUGCCACCAGUGCCACAGGGUCAUCCGGGGCCGCUACCUGGUGGCGCUGGGCCACGCAUACCACCCUGAGGAGUUUGUGUGCAGCCAGUGUGGGAAGGUUCUGGAAGAGGGUGGCUUCUUCGAGGAGAAGGGGGCCAUCUUCUGCCCACCCUGCUACGAUGUGCGCUAUGCACCCAGUUGUGCCAAGUGCAAGAAGAAGAUCACCGGCGAGAUCAUGCAUGCCCUGAAGAUGACCUGGCACGUGCAUUGCUUCACCUGCGCGGCCUGCAAGACACCCAUUCGGAACAGGGCCUUCUAUAUGGAGGAAGGGGCUCCCUACUGCGAGCGAGACUAUGAGAAGAUGUUUGGCACAAAAUGCCGAGGCUGUGACUUCAAGAUUGAUGCUGGGGACCGCUUCCUGGAGGCGCUGGGCUUCAGCUGGCAUGAUACGUGCUUCGUGUGCGCAAUAUGUCAGAUCAACCUGGAAGGAAAGACUUUCUACUCCAAGAAGGACAAGCCCCUUUGCAAGAGCCACGCCUUCUCCCAUGUGUGAGCCCCUCCCACUCAUUGCUGCCCACCCCAGCCUACCCAACCCGAGGGGUUUGCUGAGUCUGGAACCAUCGCCCCAGAUUUCUGGGUAGGGCUAGCAAAAGUUGCCCCAACCCCAACUCCUGGCCUGAGCCUGGGGUCCCCUGGGCCCCACCCCCAUCACCUCCCCCCACUCCCUCCACCACCCCCGCACACUGGUGCUGGCCACACCGGCCCCUGCUCACGUCUAGUGCUAUAAUAAAUCUGUCUCCAGCUGCA